CCUUAAUUUUUUUUACUCGGCCUUUCAUUUUAAAAGAAAAAUACGUACGAGCAGUGUUUCCCGGUAAUCAAAUCAGGUCCUAGACUCUCCCUCAACCCAUCUCAACCGCCAUGGAAGCUCUGGCAUCUUCCUCAGCCGCCCUAGCACCUCCUUCACUCCCAAUCUUUUCCCCUUUCAAAUCCAAUCGUCAUUCAUCUAAACGCGUCCUCCGGUUAUCCGCCUCCCCGGAAAGCAAUCGGCGCGGACAGGAUCUCCGAUCCGAUUCCGAUGGGCCAAGCAUCGACCCGAUCCUUUCCAAUCAGACACUCUCGGAGGACGCGGCGAUGGGGUUAGUUCUGAGUGCGGCAAACGUUCGCGGCUGGACUACAGGCUCCGGGAUGGAAGGGCCGCCGGUUCCGGCCGGUGGGAAGCCGGAAUUGGGAAAGGAGCAGGUAUCUACCUUCCCCUGGUCCCUCUUUACCAAAUCACCACGACGUCGUAUGCUUGUGGCCUUCACCUGCAAAGUCUGUGGACAGCGCACCACCCGUGCCAUCAAUCCUCAUGCUUAUACUGAUGGUACUGUUUUUGUUCAGUGUUGUGGAUGCAACAUAUAUCACAAACUGGUUGAUAAUUUGAACCUCUUUCAUGAUAUGAAAUGCUAUGUGAAUUCGAGCUUUAAUCCCGAUUCUAUCGGUGCCCUCGGCUUUGGGUAUUUCGAGUUGGAUGACGACAAAGGAGAUGAUACUUCACAACAAUUUUAAGGUGAAGUCAACACUUCAGAAAUUUGCAAAGUGUUUUUUGUACAUUCUACACUAUCCUACCAGCAACAUAUAUAUUGCUUAUUGUUCUUGUAAAUAAUCUCUAGUUUUGUAUCCUAAAUUAAAUGGCUUGCUAAUAAGUUGCUAUGCACUCCUCUGAUAUUUCUUUUCGUAUUUCAUGUCCUAUGUGAAGAGUCAUAUUUCUCUAGCAUACCACUUUUUUAUUUUUGCGAUGUAAAAAUAGUGGAGUAUAGUUAAAUUUUCGAAUAUACUCCGGGUAUUUGU